GUUUAUUGUUUAAUCUCUAAUUAUGCCUGAAGAAACUCCGUCGACUUCGUCUGCUUCGACCGCCAAGGAAUCGGCGGCCGAAGGCAAAAAGAAGAAUCUCCCAUGGAUUGAAAAAUAUCGCCCACAGAAGUUCGAAGAGAUUGUCGGCAAUGAAGAAACGGUGGCACGAUUGGGAAUAUUUGCCACCCAGGGCAACGCACCGAACAUCAUCAUAGCGGGCCCUCCCGGUGUGGGUAAAACUACGACGAUUCUCUGUCUGGCACGUAUCCUUCUCGGUGCCAACUUUCGCGAGGCGGUGCUGGAGCUGAAUGCUUCGAACGAGCGGGGCAUCGAUGUGGUGCGUAAUAAGAUCAAAAUGUUUGCCCAGCAAAAGGUAACGCUGCCACGCGGACGGCACAAGAUCGUGAUUCUCGAUGAGGCGGACAGCAUGACCGAGGGCGCCCAACAGGCACUCCGGCGCACGAUGGAAAUCUACAGCAACACAACGCGGUUCGCACUUGCUUGCAACACGAGCGAGAAGAUUAUCGAGCCGAUUCAAUCGCGCUGCGCAAUGCUGCGCUUCUCGAAGCUUUCCGAUGCACAAGUAUUGGCCAAAGUGGUAGAGGUGUGCCAGCGAGAGGUGCUCACUUACGACGAAGAUGGGUUGGAAGCGAUCGUGUUUACGGCACAGGGCGACAUGCGGCAGGCUCUCAAUAACUUGCAGUCCACUGCCAACGGGUUUGGUCACAUCAAUGGGGCGAACGUGUUUAAAGUGUGCGACGAACCGCAUCCGCUGCUGGUGCAGGACAUGCUGCAGCACUGCGUUAAGGGAGACAUACAUAAGGCGUACAAGAUCAUGAGCAAGCUGUGGCGCCUCGGGUACGCGGCGGAAGACAUUAUAGGCAACGUGUUCCGGGUCUGUCGCCGGAUGGACAUGAAUGAGAAGCUGAAGCUGUAUUUUAUACGUGAGAUCGGUGAAACGCACAUGAAAAUUGUCGAUGGCCUAAACUCGCUGCUGCAGAUGACAAGUCUGCUGGCUCGCAUGUGCGAAGCCUCGUUCGAGCAUCAAUAA